GAGACAGCACGUUCUCUUCCACAGUGGCUCUGCUGUCAGGGGCACCAUCGUGUCAGGGCCCUGCCCUCCGUCCUCUGCCCCUAACCUGGAGGUGGCCAGUCUCCGGACCACAGACAUGCAGAACCCUCCUGUCUUCUGCACCCCACCCCUGCUGACCCGUCUACUGCUCCACACUCACAGGCCCGGACACGCAGGACGCCGAGGGUGGUGGGACGCCGAGGACAGCAGGACGCUGAGGACAGAGCCAGCUGUUCUGGAGACUGCCGUCUGCAGGAUGGACAUGCCGCCCAUGCUCUACAGGGAAGGGUCCCUGAGGCCACGGCCAGGCCCCUCAUGGGGCACCCUGCACCCUGAGAGCCGUGGAGACAAGGCUGGAUCACAGCUGCCCGGGCCUGGGAGAGCACCGGGGUCCCAGCGAGAAAGCCAGGCCUCAGGGGGCUGCUUGGAAGCACGUGCUCAGCUGCUCCUGCAGAAAGAGGCUACCCGUCCACCGGUCUCAUUCUGGUCACAUCCGGGGCUGCCUGCUGUCGGGGUGCAGCUGCAGGCCGGAGAGUGGCCCAGCCGUGGCUGCAGCAGCAGAGUACCCGACCCUGCACCCAGCCUCACACGGGCCCCUUUGUUGUACUGUGGUCUGGGCACCCCGGGUUCCCGGGGGCUGACAAGAAUGCUAGGAAACUCUGAGAGGAUAGGCUGUCCCAGGGGUCCUGCAGCUGAAAUUCAAAGUCCCAGACCCGAGUGACCUGUGCUCAGGAGAGCCUGGGAGGGGCUCUACCCUCCUGCCCUGGAAUGUACCCCUCACUGGACAAGGCGCAGCAGGAUGGCCUGGAGAGCUGGGACUUGUACGUGACCACCGCCCUCAGUGUCCACGGCACACAGAUGCAGCAAGGGCUCACAGGAGGUAAGGGAUGUGCACGCUUACUCUGUCAGCCCUGGAUGGUCUGUUUACCGUGGGCCCUGGACACCCACUUUCCCAGGGGACACUGUGGCCUGGACUGGAGACAGGUUAA